CUUGUUCUUUUAUUUGUUACAAAGAUGUUGGUUUGGAGAGCUAUCGCAAUUGAAAAGGCCUGUUAUAAAUGCAUAAGCUAGACGAGAUAAUGUGUCAUUCAAACAUCAGCUGCAGCAUAACGACCAACUAUUUAUAACAUUGUGGGCAUGACAUUUAUUCGGCGAUAAUGGAGCUGAGUUACUGUUUAGCCAUUUGCCCCUGUAACCCAUCUCUUUUUACUAGUCAACCCCAUCUUGUUUCCAAGCAUAAAAUUUGUAUCCCACCCUCCUCAUUGCGGAAAGUCGCGGUAUUUCAAAAUGUUUCAAGCUACACUACGGUAUUCCCACAUGUAUUUAAAAGACGAUACAGUGCAAGAAAUUCGAAGAUUAGUAUACCUUCCUCUACGCCGAGUCAGGUUGUCUUUUGUACUCGUGGAGAAUUGAAUCCCUGUUUAUCUUUUCAAACAUUGAAGACAUUCCCUAGGGAGGAACUUCUUGGGAAAGUGGUUAUGGUGCGGUUUGACUCUAAACUAUGUCCCAGGGACAAUCAAUUUAUUUCUGAAUACCCCAAUGAUAAUGCUAUUAAAACCCUCAAGUAUCUUUGCGAUUUUGGUGCCAAGGUGGUGAUUGCCACUCACUGGUUCAUGUCUAAAAUCUCAGGAGAAGUUUUUUCAACAUGGACUUUGGCAGAUUACCUUUCAAUCUCUUUGGGAAAGAAAAUAACGGCCAUAGAAGGGGUUAUUGGAGACAAGGUUGAAAACAGUAUAGACAAAAUGCAAAUCGGGGACAUUCUUCUUUUAGGGAACCUUUCACAAUAUAAAGAGGAAGUGGCAAACUGUAAAGAUUUUGCAAGGAAUCUCUCAGCCAGAAUUGACAUUCUUGUUAAUGAUACAUUUUGUGACUCUCACAGAGUUCUUGCAUCCACUGUUGGUGUUGCUCGGUUUACUUAUGCUAGUAUUGCAGGUUUCCACCUUGCAGACAUUAUGUCUUUGUUGACAGAGACGAUAGAGAAACCCAAGCAUCCAUUCAUUGCUAUUGUUGGCGGAGCUAAAAUUAUGGAGAAAAUUUCUGUUAUUCGAUCUCUUCUUCAUAAAUGUGAUACAGUUGCAUUUAUAGGAACAAUGUCUUUCACAUUUUUGAGUGCUCUAGGGUUGUCCAUUUCUCCAUGUUUUGUGGAGAAGCAUGCUCAAGAACAGGGUUUGGAAUUAUUGGACAUUGCAAAACAAAGAAGUGUUAGAGUGCUUCUUCCUAAAGACUUUUGGUGUACAAAUGCUGCUCAUUCUUAUGAACAUAUACAAGUUUUUGAAGCUGAAUGUAUCCCAGAAGGUUGGAGGCCUAUUGAAAUUGGACCAGAUUCGUUGAAUGAAAUUUCUUUUGUGCUCAAGGAAUGUAAGACAACCCUCUGGAUUGGUCCUGUCACAGUCUGGCCUUCACAGAAUCAGUACCACGUGUCACUACAUUUCAUGAGAUUUUUGAGUCAACUUAAAGCAAGUGGAUGUACCAUUAUCGUUAUUGGGAAGGAAGCUUACAAUUUUCUCAAAGAAGCAUCAUGUUUGUCUUUAGUUCAUCCAAUUUUUAAACAUGGGGCUGCUGUCUUGGAAUUUUUGAAAGGAAAUACGCUUGCUGGAGUUGCAGCUCUAGAUCGUGCAUACCCUAGGAAGCUUGAUUGGAAAGCAAUUUUUCGGAAUCCCUUGCAACCUUUGGUUGUUGAUAUUGGAAGUGGUAAUGGCCUUUUUGCCUUGAGAAUGGCUCGAAUGUAUGAGCAUAUGAAUUUUCUUGGCCUUGAAAUCAACAGCAAGCUUGUAGAACGUUCAUUAGGCUGUGCUUUGGAGCUCGGAUUGAUGAAUGUGUAUUUUGUCUCUACCAAUGCCACAACAUCAUUUUGUUCGAUAAUUUCUAGCUACCCAGGAGCAUUGUAUCUUGUUUCUAUACAAUGUCCAAAUCCAGAUUUUGUUGAUCCUGAACAUCGAUGGAGGAUGGUGCAAAGAUCACUCAUAGAAGCAAUUGUAGAAUUGAUUUGUAAAGAUGGCAAGAUAUUUUUGCAGUCAGAUGUAAAAGAGGUAGCAUUGAGAAUGAAAAACCAGUUUCUACAAUACGGCAGAGGGAAGGUUAUAAUGAGCGCUGAGCAUGAUGAAUGUGAUAAGGAGAUUUGGCUUGGCAACAACCCAUUUAGCAUAUUCUCUGAUUGGGAGCAACAUGUCAUUGCUAGUGGGCGACCUAUGUAUAGAGUUAUGCUUUCAAAAUGCAUAGAUAUUGAGACAAGUGAUUAGAAUAUUAUUUCAAUAAUUGUUAUUAGUAUUAAUGCAUUCAUCAUGUUUUUAAAAUAAAUUAAUUAGAACCAAGAAUAAAAAUAGGUAUA